CCUCCUCUCCCCUCCCCGUCUACGAGUCAUGAUGGCGGAACUGUAAGGCUUCGGGACGAGCUGGAGCGCACCACCCGUCCUCGUUGAGCAAGUGUACAUAGUAAUUUAUUUAUUCGGCCAGUUUUUUACAUGCUCCCCCACCCCUCCCGCUAUGACCCGCUGGAUUCCCACUAAGAAAGAGAAGUACGGCGUCGCAAUCUACAAUUAUGACUCCCGUGGCGAACAGGAGCUGCGUCUACAGGUGGGGGACACGGUGCACAUACUUGAGAAGCUGGAAGGCUGGUAUAGAGGCUACACACUCAGAAAGAAGGCACAGAAGGGCAUUUUCCCGGCUUCCUACAUCCACUUAAAAGAGGCCACAGUCGAGGGAAUAGGAAAACAGGAAAUAAUUAUUCCUGCAGAUUUACCCUUGGUGCAAGAGAUAGGGGCUACCCUCAGGGAAUGGGUGCAGAUAUGGCAAAAGCUUUUCGUGGCAAACAAGAUAACCCUGUUCAGGAGUGUGCAGCAGAUGGCCUACAGCCUCAUCGAGUAUCGAUCUCAGAUUGUGUCAGGAACGCUGCCCAAGGAUGACCUUGUGGAGCUCAAGAAGAAAGUCACAGCAAAGAUUGAUUAUGGAAACCGGAUUCUCGGGUUGGACCUGGUGGUCCGAGACGAGGCGGGCAACACGCUGGAUCCCGACCGGACCAGCACCGUCAGCCUGUUUCAGGCCCACGAGACGGCGUCCCGCAGUGUGGACGACAGGAUACAGGAAGAGAAGACAAGACUGCAAAACCUGGAGAUGAGGCGGCAGACGCUGUUCAGCUCCGUGCACACCUACAGCCUCCUCAUGAACCUGAAGAACUUUGUGUGCAACAUCGGGGAGGACGCCGAGCUGCUCAUGUCUCUCUACGAUCCCGACCAGUCCGAAUUUAUCAGCGAGAACUUCCUGGUGCGUUGGGACAGUACGGGAAUGCCUAAGGAAAUUGAAAAACUCAACAACCUGCCGGCCUUAUUCACGGACCUGAGCAGCAGCGAUCUGAUGAGGCAGCGGCUCUUCCUGGUGUGUCAGAUCAUCAGAGUGGGCAGCAUGGAGCUCAAAGAGGGCAAGAAACAAACAGGUGGCCUACGGAGGCCGUUCGGCGUCGCCGUGAUGGACAUAACAGACGUCGCCCGCGGCAAAAUAGACGAUGAGGACAAGCAGCAUUUCAUCCCGUUUCAGCAGAUAGCCAUGGAGACCUACAUCCGCCAGAGGCAGAUCAUCAUGUCUCCGCUCAUCCCUUCCAGAGUCAUAGGAGAGAAUGAGCCGCUCACGGCUGUCUUCAACAAAGUCAUUGCCACGCGGGAGGUCAAUCAUAAAGGCCAGGGGCUGUUUGUGACCCUGAAGCUCCUCCCGGGAGACCUCGCUCAAGUCAGGAAGGACUUCCCCCACUUAGUAGACCGCAGCGCAGCGAUCGUCAGGAAAAUGGGCUUCCCAGAGAUCAUCCUCCCAGGAAAUGUUAGGAAUGAUAUUUACGUAACCUUGCUUCAGGGAGAGUUUGACCGAGGCAAAAAGAAGACCCCGAAAAACGUGGAGGUCAUUCUCAGCGUGCAUGACGAUGAAGGCAAUCCGAUGGAGAAAGCAAUAUUUCCCGGGGCCGGCUAUGACGGCAUAACGGAGUACAAGUCUGUCAUUUACUACCAGGUGAAGCAGCCAUGUUGGAAUGAAACGGUGAAGGUGACAAUUCCCAUUGAAGACGUGUGCCGCUGCCACCUGAGGGUGAUGUUCCGACACAGAUCCUCCCAGGACUCCAGGGACAAAUCAGAGAAGCCCUUUGGCAUGGCGUACGUCAAGCUAAUGAGAGGAGACGGGACCACGCUGAAAGAUGGCAGGCAUGAGCUUUUCGUCUACAAGGCUGAUGUGAAAAAGGCAGACGAUGCAAAGGUUUAUCUCAGCCAGCCGGCCACCCGGGCCGCAGUGGAGCAGAUUCAGAGGCAAACCGGGAAGCCGUUCCACCAUUCAGGGGUUAUUCCAGUGACUAAAGACAGCUUCCAGAUCGCGACGCUCACCUGCUCCACUAAACUCACCCAGAAUGUGGAUCUGCUGGGUCUGUUGAACUGGAGGUCUAAUUCCCAGGAUCUGGUCCAAAUCUUGCAAAGGCUCAUGGAAGUGGAAGGAGGGGAGAUUGUUAAAUUUCUCCAGGACACUCUUGAUGCUCUGUUCAACAUCAUGAUGGAGACUUCAGAAAAAGACACCUAUGACACUUUGGUGUUUGAUGCCCUGGUAUUCAUAAUCACACUUAUUGGGGACAUCAAAUUCCAGCAUUUUAAUCCCGUCCUGGAAACAUACAUCAGCAAGCACUUCAGUGCCACUUUGGCUUACAGGAAGCUAACCAUAGUGCUAAACUACUAUGUGGGCCAUCCCGAGGAGCCCUCCCUGACAGAACGGCUCUACACAGCCCUCAAAGCCCUCAAGUAUCUGUUCAGGUUUAUUGUACAGUCCAGAGUCCUCUCCUUCAGAUUUCCCGAGAACAGUGAAGAUCCUGGCGCUUUCUCCAACUCCAUACGAUUGCUUUUCUUGUCUUUCAAUACGCUUAUGGACAGACCUCUGGACGAGGGAGUGAAGAUAAAGGGGGCAAUAUUGAAAUACCUCCCCAGCAUCAUUAAUGACAUCCAGACUGUGUUUGAUCCCGUGGAGCUCAGCGUUCUCCUUUCAAAGUUCAUCGAGAGCAUCCCCGACUCGCAGUUUGUACGUCAGAAACUGGGCUGCAUGUGUAAAAUCAUUGAGAGUGACCUUUUCAAGCAACCAGAUUGUCGCGAUGUACUACUGCCGCUUGUGAACGACCAGCUAAGCGGGCAGCUGGAUGACCACUCGAGUAAACCCGACUAUGAGGCCUGCAUCCAGCUGCUCAGCACCGUGCUGGACACCUUGGACCGCAAAGAUGUGGGUCCGACCCGAGUCCACUUCCAGCAGAUAAUGGAGCGUCUCCUUCGCAGGGUCAACCGGACCGUCAUCAGCAUGGACCGAACCUCGCCGCUCAUCGGCCACUAUCUCGCCUGCAUGACGGCCAUCCUGAAGCAAAUGGAUGACAAGCAUUACACCCACUACAUCAGCACCUUCAAAACGAGACAGGAUAUCAUUGACUUCCUGAUGGAGACGUUCAUCAUGUUUAAGGACCUCAUGGGGAACGUGUUCCCUGCCGACUGGAUGGUGAUGAACCUGGUGCAGAUGCAGGUCUUCCUGAGGGCCAUGAACCAGUACUCGGACGUGCUCAACAGGCUCUUCCUGGACCCGGUGCACUUUGAGCUGCAGCUCUGGAAUAAUUACUUUCAUUUGACCGUGGCCUUCCUCACUCACAAGACGCUGCAGCUGGAAUCUUUCUCCCAGGAAAAACGAACUAAGAUCCUGAACAAAUAUGGAGACAUGAGGAAGAACAUGGGCUUCAGAAUCAGAGACAUGUGGUACAACAUCGGCCCGCACAAAAUGAAGUUCAUCCCCUCCAUGGUCGGCCCCAUUCUGGAGGUCACGCUGGUGCCAGAGCCGGAGCUCAGGAAGGAUACCAUUCCCAUCUUCUUCGAUAUGAUGCAGUGCGAGCACAACUUCAGCUCGGCGCGCACUUUUCAAAUGUUUGAGAAUGAACUCAUAACAAAAUUGGAUCAGGAAGUCGAAGGAGGUCGAGGAGAUGAGCAGUACAAAGUCCUCUUGGAGAAAAUAUUGUUGGAGCACUGCAGACGCCACAGAUACCUGUCCCAGUCCGGAGAGGAGCUGGCUCUGCUGCUGAGCAGCCUGCUGGAGAACCUGCUGGCGUACCGCACCAUCACGCACGACGAGAGUCCCGAGCACCGCAUGAGCUGCACCGUCAACGUGCUGAAUUUCUACAAAGAAAAGAAGAGAGAGGACAUUUAUAUCCGCUAUCUGUACAAGCUGCGAGAUUUGCAUCUGGAUUGCGAAAACUACACGGAGGCCGCAUACACACUGCUGCUACAUGCUGAACUACUGGAGUGGUCAGACAAACCUUGCGCCCCUCAUCUGAUCCCUCGGGACGGGGAGCAAGUUUGGACCCAACAGGAGCUCAAGGAGAGGCUCUUCCAGGAGAUCAUACGCUACUUGGACAAGGGGAAGAUGUGGGAGAAGGCCAUCGAGCUGGGCAAGCAGCUGGCCAAGAUGCACGAGAUCCACAUGUUUGACUUCAUGGAGCUGAGCGAGCUGCUGAAAAAACAAGCCAAGUUCUAUGAGCAAAUAAUGCACGCCAUGCGGCCGCAGCCGGAGUACUUUGCUGUCGGAUAUUAUGGCCUUGGAUUCCCUUCUUUCCUCAGGAACAAAAUGUUCAUCUACCGAGGCAAAGAGUACGAGUGGCUGGAAGAUUUCAGCUUAAAGCUGCUCUCUCAGUUCCCAAAUGCAGUCCGGAUGACGAGCACAGCGCCCCCUGGGGACGACAUCUGCAAUUCACCUGGGCAGCACAUCCAGUGCUUCACUGUGAAGCCUGUUCUCACGGUGCCACAACGGUUCAAAGACAAGGGGGUUCCAGAGCAGAUAUUAAACUAUUACAGACACAAUGAAGUGGACCAGUUCCAGUACUCAAGGCCCUUCAGGAAAGGUGAAAAGGACCCGGACAACGAGUUUGCUACCAUGUGGAUUGAGAGAACCACUUACAUCACCGCCUACCGCUUCCCUGGGAUCCUCAAAUGGUUUGAAGUCAAAUCCGUCUCGGUGGAGGAGAUCAGUCCGUUGAUGAACGCCAUUGAAACGAUGGAGAUGGCCAACGAGAAGCUGAGCAACCUGGUGCAGCAGCAGGCCUGCGACCGGUCACUGUCCAUCAACCCGCUGUCCAUGAUGCUCAGCGGCAUCGUCGACCCCGCCGUCAUGGGCGGCUUCUCCAACUACGAGAAGGCGUUCUUCACUGACACCUACAUCCAAGAGCACCCGGGAGACCGCGAACGCAUCGGGGUCCUUAAGCAGCUCAUCGCCCUGCAGAUCCCGCUCCUGGAAGACGGGAUUCGCCUCCACGGGGAGAAGGCGACGGAGCAGCUGAAGCCCUUACACAAUCGUUUAGUCACUUGCUUCCGAGAUCUCCGGGAGAAAGUGGAGAAGCUGUACGGCGUCAUAACCUUGCCCUGCUCUCUGACUGAGAAGAAGAAGAGCCGCGUGGGCUCGGUCGUCGUGCCCUACAUCAUGUCUUCCACCCUGCGCCGCAUGUCCACUGCGUCCACCUUGUCCAGCACGUCCUCGGGCCUCUCCAGCGGCUCCUCGGACGGGGCCUCCUCCCAAGAUGAUCGCAGGGUUUCUGUUCUGUCCCGCUCCGAGGAAGACAACAGGAUCGCUCGGAAGAACAGAAAGGAGUGGAGCGUGAGCAAAUCGCAAGUGCUGCUGGAGAAGCAGUCGGAUGCAGAUGAGGUUUCACCAGACAAGCAGCAGAGACCCAAAAGUUUGCAGCUCGGUGACAGACGGCUCACCCUCUCCCUUUUCCAGGGCGUUUCAUCCCAGCUCAGCCUGUCUAACCAACUCAGCCCGCUCGCCGCCUCCCCACACACUCCAAACACGCCGCGCAGCUCCAGUUAUUCAUCACUCCUCAGCGACAACGAUGCCAAUACUAUCGACACCCCAGGGACUCCCCCACCCAUGCCUCCGAAGAAACCUCCGCACCAGAUUGACAACCUCGCCAUCUCUUCAGAGUUUGUCCCUCCGCUACCUGUGAAAAUUGAGAACAAGCCUCCUCCGCCUCCUCCGAAGACUCGAAAGUCAAUGUUCCCCUCGUAAGAGCAACACCCCAGUAAGGCAACACCUACGCGCCGACCUUGGGAGUUUCAUUAAUUCCCUGAUUUGGCUGUGAUGAAAGCGCAGUCUCGUUUUAGACGUCAUGGAGACGCCACAGUGGGGGUACAGUAGAGAACCGGAACAUUGAGGGGAGAAGCAGGGCUGGCUUGUUUUCUUCGGGGUUUUUUUUUUUUUUUGUUUAGUUGGAGUAAUUUGCUUCUUUUCAGUUCACUUUGAUUUCCAAGCUGUCCUCCGCUCUUAAAUUUGAGUGAUUAUCGCAGCGUUAAUCUGAUGGGAAGGAUCCGUCGUCAAAACAGCAGAACCGGAUGCAUGAUUUGGGUUGUGAUUUAAGGUACAAUCUUAGGCUCUGUGGGCUUAUUAAGGUAAUGAAAGACUCAUUCCCUCAAGAUGGGUCACAGCAGUGCAUUUUCUGUUUAAUCAGUGGCAAACAAAUGGAAUGAAUAAUGGUACAGCGUCAUGUUUUUAUUUUUAUGUUUGUGUAUGGAGCGACACUGGAUGACUCACUCUCCCUCUGGCUGUUUAACAGCAUUCCCUAUACAAAGAGCUGCAUUAGAUAAAUGUCAAACUUAACUAAUAGGCAGGGAUUACCAUGUACAGAAGGCAACUGUUGGUCUGAAGCGGAGUUGGUCUGUGUCUGUUGAUUGUGUUCCUGUUUUAUUUGUGAAAGCGCAGCCUUUCAUUCCGACCCGCCAAGGUUUCCGAGACACUGGAUGGCAUUAUUGAAUGUGCAGCAGAUUCUGCGCUCGUUGCUAACGACGAACCCGACGCCGUACCUGUUGAUACGCUACGCUGCGGUAGGCAGUGUUGACCAAAAAAAGAAAGGAUAAAGGAAACAUUUGAUACCACUGUCAAACCUGCUUAAGUGUAGAGCCGGAGCCAAAAAGCAAACGAAACGAAGCGCGAUUGGUUCGCGUCAAAUGCUGUUAGUCUGCUUUGUGCAAAACCUGAUGUUGAAAACCUGACGGACUUUUUUCCUAGUUUUGUGUAUAGUUGUGUUGAAGCUCCCUAAAUACGCCUUUAAACAAUUUUCCUCUAACUUUUUAUAACAUCCACCAUCUUGCAGCUCUCUCAGACCAUCACCUUGACAAACAUGUUGAUGGUCUCUUAACAGGAUUUGGAUUUUUUUCCAUUUAUUGUGUUAUGAAAGAAAAACAGAGUUUUCUGGGUCCAUUUUUCCUAUUCAGAUUUGAGCUAUUUUUGAUUUCUCUUAAACAAUGUUGCAUUGUUCCAAACAAAACAUAUAUACAUGUCUAACCUUUCUGGGUCUUGGUCAUUUUACCUCAAAGUCAUCUAUAUAUGGACCUUGUUUAUUCAGGAAAAGUGCACAAAUGUGGUUUCCAAGUUUGUACUUUAAUUUUUUAUUCGGAUUAAUCUUUAUCCCAAUAACCCACCACUAUGACCAACCCAAAUAAAUAGAAAUAUAUUUAUUUGUCCAUGUGCAAAGCAUGGCAUAUAUAAAAAAUGUAGGCAAGUGGAUAACGCAACACAUACGUUUUGAAAUUGUCUGUUUAUGAAAGAGGAACAAAGUGACCAAGUUAGCAAUUAUUUAUAUUUGAAGCAAAAGCAGCAUUGUUCUCAUUUUUAUACAAUUUGCAAAAAGACACAAUGAUUACAAUUGAACAUUUUAAAUCGACUUCGCAACUUCUAUUUGCAAUUAGAGCAGUUAGCGUCAGAAAAUCUGCAGUUAGAUUACGUUGGUCUCUAAUUCCAAAAAGCUGCCGAAAUUUCCAAAUCCACCCUUUCCCAUGACGGACAGGUUGAUUGCUUUAAAGAAUCAAACAUAGCAACUUUGGCAUUUUCUGUUAGACCCUCUUGUUAUCUGCUGAAAGUCUUGCUCUCUCUCAUUUUAUCGCAGCCCGUGUGACCCUCAAAAUAAGAAAAUAUCUUUUUAAAACCUUCUUGGUUCUGAUUUAUUUGAUGGAUAUUAAUGAUGCAUUCCAUUUUCUCCUCAGAAGCAGGAAUUUGCAAGUUUAUAGUUCCACAGUAGAUUUCCAGAUGCUGAAAUCCUGAGUGGGGGAAAAAAAAAAAUCACAGGUUCCAAAAUAAAAUAUGGCCGCCUCGCAUACAUGAUUGAUAGUUCAGAUGCAUCUUGUUAAACUGUUCGCACAAACAUUAUGUGGCCUCUGUUGAUGAACAUACUGCUAAAGUAUUUGAAAGUCCAAAUGAAAUGUAUUACUGUUAGCGUCCCUUGCUAACUCCGGUUAGCCUGAAUAUCAGAUUCAUUGAUUAGCAAUUCCUUUAUUGUUUUAUUUUUCUUCUUAACUUUACUGCAACUCUUGCUGGUGUUCCAACUCAGCAAAGGGGAGCAGUUGGGUGAGAGCCAAGGUACGACACAAGAGGUAAAUAACAUGCUAGCUACCAGAGCUACUUCGUUCUUCAAUGUAAUCUGCUUCAGGGAGCUCUAGUACUCUUCUUAAGUUCUUUUUAUGUAGAACAUAAAUGAACUUAAGUUCUUUUUUUUUUUUUUUUUGGCUCUCAUCGCCUCUUACCUCUACAUUGUUUGGUGUGUUCACAAACUUAUCUGUAACAGUAAUUGAUACCAAACUUUCCUAACGGUAACGCUAAAGGCAAACCAAGAGAGCACAGCUUGAGAAGCAGGGCCUUUAAAAAUGAUAUAAAACCCAAAUUAGAUCUUGUUAAUGAGCACGUUUAUGAGGGUUUGGGUCGCCGUGCUGAGCAUGUCUGCUUCAGGCUCCCGGUAAAUAUUUAUUGCAGGGGCAUAAAAGUUUCUUGACAGGAGAGUAAAUGAGCAAAGUUUCCAAAUGUGUUUUUGCUGGGACUUUUAACGGAGCCAUAAAUACAAAACGUCUCUGGAGGUCACUUUAGCUUGAAAAUUCAGGUGGUGUUUCUGUUCAUAAAAAAAAUACAAAAAAAAAACUUCUGAGAUUUGCACAGCGGGUGUUUACAUUAUGUUGGAAGCAAAGUCAUUUUACCGAACACUGUAAAUCUUUUUUUUUUUUUUAUUAUUAUUAUUAUUAUUAUUUUUAAAUAAG